GGCGUACGUCGGCGACAGAGCGGAAUCGAUAUGUUCCACAUUUACAGUGCUGAAUGGCAUUGUACUUGUAAAACGGACAAGCCAAAAGGCGCGUUACAGUUGGUGUGCCAUGCUUUGUCUUUUUGGUGUGUUCCUUGUCCGAAAAUCCAUCGCCAGACCGUUUCUUGCCGCCGCCGUUAUUGUCCUUGCCUAUACGGUGAUCUUGAGGUGAGGCGUCCACUGCCGGUUCAGCAAGCUCGAUUCGUACGGGCUCAUCUGAUUGGCGCUUCAGAAAACCCUCCUCAGUAUCCUGCUCUACCCUCUGAUCGUUGAGUUGAGAGUGAGGAAUAGGGGGUGGCGUCCGGUUCACUUCAUCACCUCUUACGGCAGUUCCGCCAAUAGACUCGUCUGCAGGAGAGGCUGCUGAAUAACGCAGAGAGUCAGAUGACAAAGCUUCCCAAGCGUGACGGAAAACUCCAUGUGCCGGCAUUAUCAUAGCCAGGCCAGUCUUCGGGCUUCCUGCAAUGACAUGCCCAAAUAGCUUCCCAGUGACGGCAUCUCUGACCCAGCUGCCACAAUCCCCCACCACAAGUGGUCUAUUGAGCUUCGCUAAGUAGAUCUCUUGGAACUCCCUGCAGCCUGGUAGACGGAAGAAAGUUGGCGUUCCCGAGAGCGUUCCAAGCAGUUCGAUCAUGCCACGGAAUGCCUGUUGCGCGCACGCGAGCGAACCCGGGCCGAUCAGCGAUGACACACGUUGCAGGGUCAUUUCGCUGCUCCUCGGUGAGUUUUGACAUGGCAUUUCCCAGAACGUGUGGUUCUG